AAGAGCUCUAUAACUGGGAUGGGCGGUGUGUAUAUCAUCCAUUAUCACAACAGUUUACAAGGAAAUAUGUGUGGCAGACGAUUUUGCAGAAGCUUAAAUCCAAAACACCACGAGCAAAUACUUUCCUUUACUAAUUAAUGAGAAUAAUACUUUCCUUCGUUAACUCUUAGCAUAAUCUUGAUACCCUCCUUCCUUCAUAAUAUCGUGCAUCUAGAUUCCAAAUUGGGUAUAAAGGAUCAAUCUCUGGGAGCUUCUCCUACGAAUGAAUUAUUGAGCAUCCAUUUACCCCAAUUUUUCCUCAAAAUCCAACUAUAGUUUGGAGUUUAGAUCACUAAAGAAAGCAGACCCCGUUGGAGAUUCAGCUGCAUCGUGAUUUGUUGAGACCUGGUGUGAGGCCCUCUUGACCAUAAUUGUUCCAAGGGAUAUACUCUUUGUUUUCUUUUUUCUGUGAAUUUUUCUACAAUGCACAGUGAUUUCUGUCUUUUCUUUUUUUUUUACCAGGCUGGACCAAAUUAAUUAAAAUAUAAAAUAGGAAGUUGCUGCCUUGCUGGUUAGUGUUGUCGCCAAAGGUUGUUGGUAGGUGUUGACUUGUAGUCAACUCUGGUAACGUAUCUUAAGAAAAGGAAGCUUAUAUUAUGGCUGAGACACUUUUGUCUUUCGGCGUUCAGAAGGUUUGGGACCUCCUUGUCCGAGAAUCUGAACGACUUCAGGGAGUUAAUGAGCAAUUCGACGAACUCAAAAGGGAUCUAAACUUGCUUAGAUCCUUUUUGGAAGAUGCAGAUGCUAAGAAACAUGCAAGUGCGUUGGUGAGAAAUUGUGUGGAAGAGAUCAAAGAAAUUGUUUUUGAUACAGAGGAUAUAAUCGAAACAUUCCUUCUAAAGGAAGAGCUUAUAAAAAUAAAUAGCAUCAAGAAGAAAUGUUUGAGAAGACUUUCUUGCAUUAGAAUGGACCAUAGGAAAAUUGCUUUAGAUAUGGCAGGUAUAAGUAAGAGAAUCUCCAAGGUGAUUCGUGAUAUGCAGAGUUUUGGAGUGCAACAGAUGAUUUUCGAUGGCAGCAAGUAUUCACAUCCUCUACAAGAAAGAGAAAAGGAGAUGCGAAAAACAUUUCCGAGCAAUAACGAAAACGAGCUUGUGGGGUUGGAGGAGAAUGUUAAGAAAUUGGUUGGCUAUUUGGUGGAGGAAGAUGGCAUUCAAGUAGUUUCUAUAACUGGGAUGGGCGGUAUCGGUAAAACUACACUUGCUCGACAAGUUUUUAAUCAUGAAAUGGUUAAAAACCAAUUUGAUGGCGUUGCGUGGGUGUGUAUUUCGCAACAGUUUACACGAACAUAUGUGUGGCAAACGAUCUUGCAACAGCUUAGCUCAAAAAAUGAUAAGCAUGUAGAGACAAAUAUGAAUGAAGAAGACCUCCAAAAAAAGCUUUUUCAAUUGUUGGAAACUAGAACUUCUUUGAUCAUCCUAGAUGACAUGUGGAGAGAAGAAGACUGGGACAGAAUAAAGCCUGUGUUUCCACCCAAAAAAGGAUGGAAGGUACUACUUACUUCUCGCAACGUGAACGUUGGAUUACAUGUAGAUCCCACGUGUGUUAUUUUCAAACCAGGAUACCUAACCCAUGAUGAAAGUUGGACACUUUUUCGAAGGAUAGCAUUUCCUAGGAAAGAGACAACAACGGAGUUUAAAGUUGAUGUCGAAUUCGAAGAGAUGGGAAGGCAAAUGAUAAAUCAUUGUGGAGGAUUACCAUUGGCUGUUAAGGUGUUAGGAGGGUUGUUAGCUUCCCAACACACAUUAAGUGAAUGGAAAAGGAUAUCUCAUAAUAUUAAAUCCAACAUUAUUGGAGAGACUAGCUUCAAUGACAGAAAUAUCAGCUCUAUUUAUCAUAUUUUGUAUCUGAGCUUUGAAGAGCUGCCUAUUUAUCUAAAGCACUGCUUUCUCUACCUUGCUCAUUUCCCAGAAGAUCAUCCAAUACGUGUUUGGGAUUUGUCCUAUUAUUGGGCAGCAGAAGAAAUACCAAGACCAGUGGCUUACAAAGGAGCAACCAUUGAAGAGGUCGGAGAUGGAUAUGUAGAAGAACUGGUGAAGAGAAACAUGGUUAAACGAGAUGUUAGUUAUUGGGGAUUCAAAACAUGUCACAUGCAUGACAUGAUGAGAGAAGUUUGUCUACGUAAAGCUGAAGAAGAGAAUUUUGUACACGUGGUUGAUACUUCAAACUCUCAAUCUCCUUGUAAAUCUCGGAGGAUGGCGGUACACUGGCUUGAUGAAACAUAUGAUCCGGAAGCAGAGAUGGUGAAUCCAAAACUUAGAUCUCUCUUGUUUAUCUGGAACCAGGUUUCUGGUUCUCAUGCGGGAUCAAGUUUAUGGUUUACGAGGCUACAGUUGAUUAGGAUUUUAGAUCUCUCUAGAGUUGAUUUUGGAGAGGAAUUACCCUCUAGCAUUGGAAAGCUUAUCCACUUGAGAUAUUUGAGUUUGUAUGACGCAAAGUUAACUCAUCUACCUUCUUCUAUGCGGAAUCUGAAGCAGAUGCUCUAUUUAAACCUAACGACACGUAGUUCGCCCUACAUCCCCAAUAUCAUGAAAGACAUGCGAGGAUUGGCAUAUCUUUCUCUUCCGCGGACGAUGCAUGAUAAGACAAAGUUGGAAAUGGGUAAUCUAGUCAACAUGGAGAUGUUGGUGAAUUUCUCAACAAAGCAUAGCAGGGCGGAAGAUCUUCAAAGAAUGAAAAAGCUACGACAUCUUGUGCUCUAUAACGAUGGCCAAGGGUGUACUAGAGAAAUUCUAGAUUCAUCAAUCCCAAGUGAAUUGAGAUGCUUUGGAUAUUAUAAGAUCGAUGAUGAAGAGAUGGAUGGGUGUUGAAAGAUGAUUAUAUUCGCUGGGUUUCUAUCAUAACUCUAGUACUUUGCUGAUUCAGAGAGCAGAGACUGAGACAUGUCAUUCGUGCACUAGUAUAUAUACAAUUCUCUUUGUGUUUGUCUUUUAUCCUAUUUGGCUUGAAUUCUAUAAUCUUUAUCUCUGUAUGUAACUUUAUAAGUUUAUAACUUUCCUAACUGCUUUGAAUUUGUGACUAUUUCCUGCAA